AUGUUUUUCCCUCUCCAUCGUCUACUCCUCUUUCGAUAUAACCUUUUGGGCGAGGCUGAAGCCACUGUGGAAAGUCCCUCGGAGGAACAUUUUGGAACUCUUUUGGGACAGGUAAUUUUUCAAGUUCUUUCUCUUCGUGUUCUUCCUUCUUCUGAAUACUCUUGUUCGAUCCAGAGCUUUUUUUUGUCUUGUUUGUGCGCUCUUGUCGUUCCGGGUCAUAAUAAACUAAUGGAUGGCCCUCGAACUCCGGGAUAUUUGAUGCUUGAAAACGAGCUCCCAAGUUUGUGCAAGCCCGCGGAUAAGGCGAUCGAUCGUCUGGAUCCACAGCAUCCUCUAAUCGAGCAUGUUUACCUAAGUAACGAAGAGCCCACUCUUCUCGAAGUCUUCUUUCCUCCACGGAUACACUUGCAUCGUUUCGCAAGUACUCGAUGGCCAUUAGCUCAUAUUUGGGUAAAAUGGUUUCGUGCGCUUUUUCUUCUGCCGCUUCCGGCUCUUCUGCCUCCUUUGGAGAAGGAGGGGCGCUUGCCUCUGAAAGCUCUUGUUCAUUUGUUGUUUUGUUAUCGUGCGAUAACAUUAGAGUCUUCCUCGAUCUAUGUUCUAAUUCGUGUUUUUUCGUGCACACUGCGCAAGACCAACUGA